AUGUCUCGAUGGUACUUUACUGAAUUGAGGCAGGCGGUGCGCAAUCUUUGGACGCCCCAGCCACACUACACCGAGUCGGAAUACCCCGACCUCACCAGUAAGACUUUUGUCAUUACGGGGGGACAUUCGGGUGUGGGUCUGGCCGCCACCCAGCUGCUGAUAGACAAGGGAGCCAAGGUGGUUCUUGUGGGCCGCAGCCGGGAGCAGGCCAAGCACGUGCUCGACGAGCUUCCCGAGGGCACCUACGACUUUGCCGAGGCUGAUCUCGCCGACCUGUCCACCAUCAGAUCUGCCGGCGACUACAUUGUCAACCAGUACCCUGAGAUCCACGGCGUCAUUCUCAACGCUGGAAUCGCCUUCAAGCCGUACUCUCUGACGCCCCAGGGACACGAGUACCAGUGGGGGACCAACGUUGUGGGACAUCACGCGCUGAUGAAAUGUCUGGACCCGGCGGUCAUCAAAACUGCCCACAGCUCUGCCCCGGGCUCGGUGCGAAUUGUGUGGGUGUCGUCGUCAGCGGUGAUCAUUUCCAACGUUCCAGGCGGCAUCAACUUCGACGACAUGAGCUACAAGGAGAGCCAGCCCAGUGCGUUGCAGCUGUAUUCGCAAUCCAAGAUCGGAAACGCCUACCAGGCGUAUCUGUGGUCCAAGAACCACCCCGAUUCAGGCGUGGUGUCGGUCUCUGUGGACCCAGGCAACCUCAAGUCCAACAUUGGAAGACAUACCCCCAAAACCAUGACCAGGGCUUUUGAGUAUCUCCUGUACCCUUCCAAGUAUGGAGCAUACACGGAGCUGGCAGCAUUGUUGGCCCCUGGAGUUGAAGAUGGCGACCAUCUCAUUCCGUGGGGGCUCAAGGGACAUUUGCGAAACGAUGUGGAUGAAGGCAGAAGAGGUGACAAGGGCGAAGAGCUGUGGAAGAUAUUGGAGGAAAAUGUUAAACAAGUGGGUAUGUAA